GUCGUUCGGCGUCGUUAUCGUCGAAGUGUGCCCACCACAAUCGAGAAGGCAAGAAAAUAUCGGGAGCAGACAAGCUUGUCUCUCAUCCUUGGUUGUUGUUCUUAAGCUCUCGUCGUUGAACGUCUCCGACUGUGGGCCCAAGAAGUAAACACAACUCGUGCCAGAAGGCCAGUGGAGAGGCUUCAUUCCAAGUUUAUUGGUGGGUGAUUAUGGCGCCUAAUUGGAAGGAUACCGGUGUGAAGGAUGUGGAAGGCUGGAGAGUUACUCUGCCGCUCCUUAAUCCGAUGUGGAACAAUCUGCAGGAAAUGGAAAUGAUCAGUCCCCGUUGUUGAGGAGGUUCAACUAAACAAUCUUUGUUUUUUCGCCUCAGAGAAUUCCUUCAAAAUAUCUCAAGGAACAAAACCAUUAGUGACGAAAGUGACGUAGAGGAUCUGGCACUUCCUCUUGCAUUAUGAGAAAUUAGGCGUCAAAUCGCAUUUGCCAUCGUGCGAAUUGUUGACAUGAAUCGGGGACAAUCUCGUUGGCACCAAAUUGGUCGGUGCAGACAAUCCUGACGAGAAAAGUCGUGUGUUGAGGGGUCGUCAGUAUAUUCGUUCAUGCCGUUGUUGACGACCACGAUGUUCAAGAUCAAGAGAAAAAUGAUGCCUUCGGCAGCUUGUCCGGCAUGCUCGUCAUUUCCAUGAUUCGAUCGGUCGAUGGCAUGCCUGUCCUCGGGAAUCCAAAUUAAGUGAGGACGGAGACUUUGCUAUGUUCGUUCGUUAUCUCUGAUGCGCCAGCUACACUGACUUCAUUUCAUCCACACAUCAUAGCAGUCCAUACAAACGCAUGCCUCUAGUAACUCUUCUUUGCUCCUCCUUGGCUGGCUGGACUCGUAUUUUCUGAAUGAAGAUCGCUCACACAAAAACUCUCACCACCACCACCACUACCAUCACUGCCACCACCACUACUAGUACUACUGAACUACCACGAGUUCAGUCGUUUCAUCUAGUGCUGGUGUAACUUUUGUUUUCUUUUGCCAAACUUACUUCAUGGCAAUGUCAGUUGGUUCAAUCCCUUGGACGGAGAAGAAGCGUUCGGGAGAAACUCAUGCUGACAAUCUGUUGUUAGUUCUCGAUCCCCGACUCUUGCUUUAGCUUCUCAUCGCGGACACACUCACUCCUUCCGUCAGUGACUGACCAACACCUGAAGUCGGAGGAGAUUUCCCAAUCUGUCCUUAAAUCUUGAAGGAUUUCCUCGAUCCCGUCUUCCUCAGUCUUCAGUGCGCACGCAUGCUAGUGCAUGAGAUGGUUCGUCAUAAGAUCUUGUGCUGACUAUGGAUGCCCCAAGAUCGGUGAAAACAAGCAUGCAAAGAAAUUAUUGACUGUCUGCCACAGUGCUGAUAUUUUUGUUAUCGCUAUUGUUGCUCUUGAUCUUAUCUCCGGGGUCGAACUCGUAUGUCAGAGUGGUGUGAAGUCACAGGAGAUUUGACUCAAUGAUGCGACGAAAUCUCAAGUGCCUCGUGGCUGCUUUUGUUGUUUGGUUCUCGGGAUUCCUUUUCUAUUUCACUAUCAACGGAGAGCACGAGAAUGCCAAGGACUAUAAUGGUGCCCUUCGACUGAAAACCGAUCUCGUGGAAAGCAACGGACUCCGGUUCAUGACGAACACCCCACGGGCCAAAAUAUCCGUAGGCUCAGCCAUAAGUUUGCCAUUGUCUUAUGAGGGGAAAUCCUCCGUGGAACUAUCUUCACCCUCGGCUUGGUCGGCCUCUGGCUUCUUCGAUGAAAGCAAGUACAUUUCGGAUGGAGCCGUGAAGCCCGGAGAGGAUCCCUACACUCGAAACAAGUUUAACCAAGAGGCCAGUGAUGCCAUUUCGAGCAACCGGGACAUUCCAGACACACGGAGUGCACAAUGUCGGAGAAAAACGUGGAAUAACAGAAUUCUACCUCCCACAAGUAUCAUUAUCACGUUUCACAAUGAAGCUCGUUCGACCUUACUUCGAACCAUUGUCAGUGUUCUUAACCGAAGUCCGCCUGAUCUCAUACACGAAAUUAUCCUGGUCGACGACUUCAGCGAUGAUCCCUCGGAUGGAGAAGAGCUGAAUAAUAUUCAUAAGGUCCGUGUUCUCCGGAAUGAGAAGCGAGAAGGCCUCAUGCGAUCUCGGGUACGAGGAGCAGGGGCUGCCACAUCCUCCAUCCUCACUUUUCUGGACUCACAUUGUGAAUGUAAUCAACAUUGGCUGGAGCCAAUGUUGGAGCGAGUCGACGAGGACCCAAGUCGAGUGGUGUGCCCCAUUAUUGACGUCAUAUCCAUGGAUAAUUUCCAAUAUAUUGGUGCCUCCGCCGAUCUUCGAGGAGGUUUUGAUUGGAACCUGGUGUUCAAAUGGGAAUAUCUCGGUCCAGAAGAGAGGCGCUUGAGGCAAUUUGACCCCACUCGUCCAAUCAGAACGCCCAUGAUCGCAGGCGGACUCUUCAUGAUUGACAAGGACUACUUCGAUAAGAUCGGCAAAUACGACAUGCUCAUGGACAUUUGGGGCGGCGAGAAUUUGGAGAUUUCGUUUCGCGUCUGGCAAUGCGGAGGCUCUUUAGAAAUAAUCCCCUGCUCACGAGUUGGCCAUGUAUUUCGGAAGCAACAUCCCUAUACAUUUCCUGGAGGGUCUGGCAAUGUGUUCGCCAGAAAUACCCGUAGAGCGGCUGAAGUCUGGAUGGGUGAUUACAAGAAGUAUUACUACGCAGCAGUGCCCUUGGCCAAAAAUGUUCCCUUCGGAGAUAUUUCUGAGCGUGUCCAACUCAAAGAAGAACUGCAAUGCAAACCCUUCAAAUGGUAUUUGGAUAACGUUUACAAGGAGUUGAAGCUCCCAGCGGCUCAAGACUUGGCCUCAGGCUCCAUACGCCAAGGUGCGUUAUGUCUGGACACCUUGGGCCAUCUAAACAACGGGCAAUUGGGAGUUUACGCUUGCCAUGGGGCGGGUGGCAAUCAAGAAUGGAGCUUCACCCAAAGUGGGCAUGUCAAACAUACCGAUCUGUGUUUAGCCUUAGAGAAACCCAUAGAGGGGUCCAGGCUCUUACUUAAAUUGUGCAAUGAUUCCGUGUGGCAGAAAUGGCAACGAAUUCCCCCUGCCACCACAGGGGGGCUUCUUAUCAAGGCCCGUGGGGUUGAGGGCGCUUUGCUCCGACAGGAAGCUUACAACCUGUGUGUGACGAGAAAUGAGGGUAGCAAUGAGCUAACGGCUCAAAUCUGUGAUAAUGUCAGGCCCGCUCAAAUGUGGAGGUUUAAUCUGAAUUGAAAAGAAAUCCCGUGCGGUGUUGUUUCUUAUUCUGCAUCCUCCCUCCCCUCUUCUUGGGUAGUAUUAUGCGCGGAAAAAGAUUGCAAAUAUCCACCAAAAUACGUACUACAUGAUAUACUACCACUACCACCAUUCGUCGAUCAACUCAUUCUCUUCCUUUGACCCAGUAUUAGCAAGAAGUGCCAAAACUGCAUUAAUGUCGUCAAUAUCAAUAAUAUGUUGUUGCACACAACCAAAUGCUACCACAUACUUUGUUAGACUUCUCUUUUUAUCACAACCAAUUGUUUACCCAGAGACGAUAUUCAACCUUUUGAUUCAUCCCAUUGUCAACUCUCACCCCGACUGAUUUGAUAAUAUUGAAUUGUAAUGACAAACUUGCUAUCUGCACAACACCAUAACAUCAUUAUCAUCCUUGUUAACCAAGUAAAUAGAAAAAAGAUCUAGUCAA